AAGAUAGAGGUGGAAUUUGUGGGGUACCUGCAUCAUGGGGGUUCUUGUUCUUCUUUCGUUAUUAUCUAUCCUCACUCUAUUCAUCAUCCACAAACACAGAACAAACAGAGCAAGAGCACUUCUUCCACCUGGUCCUCCAGGUCUUCCACUCAUUGGCAAUCUCCACCAGCUUGAUAACUCAGCCCCACAUCGCUCCUUAAGCCAACUCUCCAAACGCUAUGGACCUCUCAUGUCGUUGCGCCUUGGCUCUGUUCCAACCUUGGUCGUUUCCUCAGCAAAAAUGGCGACACAAGUCUUGAAAACACACGACCUCAUCUUUGCAAGCAGACCAUCCUUCCUUGGACCAAGGAUAUUGUCUUACAAUUUCUUGGACUUGGGUUUCACACCUUAUAGCCCUUACUGGAGAGAAAUGAAAAAACUCUCUAUCCUCCACCUCUUCAGCUCUCAUCGUGUCCAAUCCUUUCGUCCCAUUCGAGAAGACGAGGUUGCCCAAAUGAUUCAAAAACUAUCAGAGUACGAUGCUUCCCAUAAAGUUGUAAACUUGACAGAAAUAUUGAUGUCUUUCACUUGCACUUCAAUAAGUAGGAUAGCUUUUGGGAAAAAGUAUAGUUAUGAAUAUGAUGAGGUUGUUGAAUUAGGAAGCCACAGAAGGAGCAGAUUGCAGGUACUACUCAACGAGGCUCAAGCAAUGAUGACAGAAUUUUACUUUUCAGAUUAUUUUCCAUUGAUGGGGUGGGUUGAUAGAGUCAGGGGAAUUCUAUGGCGGCUUGAUAAAACCUUCAAGGAGCUUGAUGUGUUUUAUGAACGAGUCAUCCAUGACCACAUGGAUCCCACAAGGCAUAAAACCAAUGACCAAGAUGUAACGGACAUCAUUGAUAUCUUUCUCCAGAUGAUCAAUGAUCACUCAUUCUCUUUUGAUCUCACUCUUGAUCAUAUAAAAGCUGUGCUUAUGAACAUCUUUACAGCAGGAACAGACCCGAGUUCAGCAGCAAUAGUUUGGGCUAUGACAGCAUUGUUGAGGAAUCCUGAUGUGAUGAAAAAGGUUCAAGGAGAAAUAAGAGAUUUAUUUGGGGACAAAGAUUUUGUAAAUGAAGAUGAUAUUGAAAGGCUUCCUUAUCUUAAAGCAGUUGUUAAGGAGACAUUGAGAUUGUUUCCACCGUCACCGUUACUUUUGCCAAGAGAAACGAUGGAAAGGUGCACCAUAGAUGGUUAUGAGAUUCAAGCCAAAACUCUUGUCUAUGUUAACGCGUGGGCUAUAGCAAGGGACCCUGAGAACUGGGAAGACCCAGAAAAGUUUUAUCCUGAAAGGUUCCUUGGGAGUUCAAUAGACUUAAAGGGUAAAGAUUUUGAGGUGAUUCCAUUUGGAGCUGGAAGGAGAAUGUGUCCUGCGAAGCACAUGGCUGUGGUCACCGUUGAGCUUUCACUUGCUAAUCUUCUCCACUCGUUUGAUUGGGAAGUGCCUCGUGGGUUUGACAAAGAUGACGUGUUAGACACGCAAGUGAAACCAGGAAUAACUAUGCACAAGAAAAAUGAUCUUUACCUUGUGGCCAAGAAACACUCUACAAUCUCAAUCAUUUGACCUAUCAAGGUCAUAUAAAUAUGAUUAAAGAUCAAAUAGUCUCAUGAUGAUGUAGACUUUUUAAUUAGUUGGUAAUUAAUGUUCUUGUUUUUUAGCCUUGUGUUCUUGUAUUAAAA